AUGGAGUGCAAGACAGGAGUGUUCAAGAUUGGUACAGAGGACUCUAGGGGUGAGUUCCCUGAGUCAGAAGGAAAAAGGGCCCAAUGUCAGAGACCUACAAAGGAAUGGGAGGACUGGAAGGCAGAAUGGGGUGACAGUGAGCUGAAACAAGAAGAAGGGGUGCAGGACUCCACCUUUUACCCCAGGAGUAACAGGCAGCUGCCCACAGACAACCCUUGUAUCUCUUUGCUGCGCUUUCAAUGGAGAACUACACACAGCUCUUUCUGGACAGCACAGAUGCUGGCCUCCAAGCUCAGCCUGAUUGCCUUUGUCCUUUUGCUGGUCAUGAUCUUUUCCAAGAAAUGGCUGCACCUCUCUGGGAUCCGCUACUACCAGCGCUGGCCCAUGAAUGUCAGCGAUAGAAUCUAUACAUCGGCCCUUAUUGUGUCCAUGGGGCUCCUGCACAUCUGCAGAUCCAAGAGCUGUUCCAACUUAGAGAAUGAGAAAGUCACUUGCAUUUUCUCCACCCUCUUGUUGUUCCCUGUUAACCUCUGGAUCUUCGAAUUGGAGGGGAACAUAUCAAUCCCCAUUGGCUGGAGCUAUUUCAUCGGUUGGUUGGUGUUUGUCCUGUAUGUCACCUGCGCGAUCCUUUGCCACUUCAACCAUAAAAGUUUCUGGAGUCUGAUUCUGAACCGUUCCUCUGGCACCGUGUUCUGCAGCAGCAAUGCCAUCUCCAUAGAAGAAUCUCCAAGUGAGCAAACUAUUACGGGCUCCUCUCGCACCCAGGAGGAGGAAGUCCUGGGUCAUGAACAAAAAAACACACAUCCGUAA